GACCUAUGAGUCUUGAUGGUGCAGGUGAAAUUUCCAGGGAGGCACAAUGCAUCAAGGAAGUGGUGUACUCGUUGAUCAAUGCCAAGGGAACAUCAUCAACACAGCUGCAGCUGGCCAUCAACUCCUCAUUGAUGCAAUUGGCCAAGACAAAUUUUGACUUUGUCACCACGGCGGUGUUCUCGGCGCUGGAGAAUCAGAAUGCCUCAGACCAACAGAAGUUGCAGCUCCUCCGCCUCCUGUGUCAAGUCUUGGAGCAACGAGAGCCUAGAAGUUUGGUGGUGCCUCGAACACUUGCAAAGAAUAUGACAAGGCUGCUGCUUGCAUCACCGGGCUCAGCCUCAGCAGACGUCCUUUGCGAACUAGCGCCUAUGCACCCUGAUUUGGUCUUGAGUGAGAUUUCCCAGCAUCUCGCUGCCGAGAUGCCCAGCUUUGCUCUGGAGCUAUUGGCCCAGGUUGCUGAAACCUCACCGCACAGCCUUUCUGAGCGCCUGAACGAGGUGCUAUCCAGGUGCUUCAGCUUGCUACAGGGCUGUCGCGUGAUGGAUCUUCGGCUUCUGCUGCUGCGAACAUGGUGCUCGCUUUGUAUUGCAAUCGUCAUGUGCUCCUUUCGAGAUAUCGAUCCUUUGGAUGCAGGCCAUCCCAAUUUUUCCCGGCAAUUUGCGAUUGCCGCCGCCCCCAUGCGGUCAAGGCAAACUGCAGCGGAAGCAGAUGGCCGCAAGACCACACAAGUUGUCAGUGCAGUGUUUGCCUUGUUAAUGAGUUCGUGGACAAAUUGGAAGGAUCUUGCUCUCAGAGUGGUUGUGAUUGACACGCUGGGUCACUUAAGCUUGGUGAUUCCGAAGGACCAAUUCUUGACCAACGCUGACGCGUUGCUUGAACACAUCAUUUCCCUUCUUUCCAAGCAGGGAUUAGCAUCUUCCGCGAGUCCUAUGCCACCCUUUGCACUUAUGCGAGGCACGUGCCUCACCUUGCAGGCUUGUGUAGAUGCAGAUCGGGAGCUGCUAACCAUUGAGAACACGCUGCAGACGCUUUGGUCUGGACUCUUCAGUGCUGUCGUGGCUGGUGGGCCCUUGCAGUACCUCCAGGGCUUGGGCCAAGAAGCCUUGCAAAGCCAGGCGGAGCUUCUGCGAUGCAUGGAUGUCUUAGCUGAGAACUUUGGCAAGGAAAGCUUGAACUUCUUGUUGCAGAAGGUGAAGGGACACCGAGAGGAGCGCUUGGCAGCGCUACUGGUGCUGCGGCAACUGGCAGCUGGUCCUCUUGCUGGCACAAUAGUGGAAGGUGUGCAGCCGCUUCUUUCUGACUCAGACGCAGCAGUUGGUUUGAUGCUUGGAGAACUCCUGGUUGCAUCACCGACACUCUUGGAGGUUACUGGUGCAAGACAAGCUCAUGUCAACAAUCUCAUUGGUUUUGUUAUCCGCCUGACAGCUCGGGCUCAGGCCUCAGAAGGUGAACAUGCUUCAGGUUACAUCCCGAAGUUUGUGUCAAAGGGAUACUCUCACAAUGAUGCACCCAGUGCUGAAGAAGUGCGCAAAAGGGCGGGCUCUGUUCUUGGGCAGCUUGCUGGAGCUUCCAGGACCUCAACAAAUCUUGUCUUGUGGCCGCUAUUGUUGAAAGCCUUGAUCAAUCCCUCCAUGCUUUUGGGCUUGCCAGUGCUCUGCCGAUGCGUGACACAGAUGGUGCAGUCAGAGAGGGAUGCUGCGGAGCAGGGCGCAGUGUCCUCCGGAGGAAUCCGCGAAGCCAUUCAGAAAUUUGGACAGUCAGAAGUCCUUCUGCUUUGGAUGCUUAUUUGUGCGCACGCACCUACCGAACCACCUGGGAUUGGCAUCAGCAUCCUCCGCUGCCUUGAAUCCUUAGCUACUUUUCUUCAUCCGGUUCUCGGGCAGAUUUGGGAGGCUCCAUCAAAACGACUGCAGACAUUGUGCGGUCAUUUAGAGGCCCGUACUGAAAUAGCCUGUGCAUGGGCUUGUUUGAAAUGCCCUGGUGGCUUUUGGAAGUUUUUCAGAAGAGCCUUUGGACCGCAAUAUUAG